AAAUGCUCCGUUUCUCAUGAGUUCAAAAAACGAAUUGGUCUAAACAUAUCAGAUGACUUAAUUGAAGAUAAUAAUAGCGUUAUGUAACUUUGCAUUAAUUUUAUGUCAAUCUUAAAUGCGUAUUCUCUUUCCCUUAUUUCCUCUUUGGUGACAGAGGUUUUUGAUGCAGCUUACAUUGUAUUUAAAAGGGGAACAUAUUCAAUAGGAGUUUGAUUUACUGAUAUUGCAAAGAUGUCAUUUUGUGCUUGGAUCACAGAUGAGAAAUACAGAGAUACUUUCAAAGCAGGUGUUUAUACAUGUUCUAAAUGUGGAUAUGAGCUUUUUUCUAGUAGAACUAAAUUUCAACAUUUCUCACCUUGGCCUUCUUUUACGGAAACUGUUCAUGAAAACAGUGUUACUAAACGAGAGGAAAAAUUUAGACCUUCCUUGACUUAUAAGGUUUCAUGUGGGAAAUGUGGACAAGGAUUAGGGCAUGAAUUUGUAGGUGAUGGUCCUGGUGGCAAAUCUAGAUUCUGAAUAUUCUCGGAGUCCCUUACAUUUGUUUCUGGAGGAGAUUCUUCUAAUGGAACUAAUGAGGGACUCCAGAAUCAUGAAGCUGAAACACCUACAACACAAAAUGCAUCUGAUGAGAAGAAUGUGUCUCAAUCAGCUGGACCAGAAAAAUCCAAUCGUUAUUGUUCGCUUUCAUAAACCAAAGUUUAGUUUUUUUUUUUUAAAUAUAUGUAUUAAUUUUUGUUACACAGCUAAUCUAGUGAUAAUAUUCAUGGAUAUCAUUAAUUUAAUCUUGUUUGUGAUUUUUUUUUUAUUUUGACAUUUGCAAUAUUUAUUAUUUUUUUAAUGAAUUUAACAUUUGUUCAUGCUCAAUAUAUUUCUAGUUAUUUAAUGAAGAUGAGAAUGAGUUUGAUUUAUUUAUGUUUGGAAUGAAAACAAUCAAUAACACUCUUGUUUAUUGAUUGUUUGAUUUGUUAUUGACUUUAUUUUUAUGAAAUGUGCUGUAUUCCAAUUUUAUUGUAAAGCAUAGUAUUUUUAUUUGAUAAUUUAUUUGGAGCAACAUUAAUGUAAAAUAGAACUGUUGACUUGGUGCAAUAUUAUCUAUUUGCUCUUGUUAUAAAAUUUACUGUAUUAUAUAGUAAAUUUACUUUAUAAACUAUAAGUAAAGUAAUGUUGCAGUUCUUUUUUUAAAGUUUAAUAAUGAUUAAUUUAUUUUGGGGGCUUACAGAGCUGUGUUAUCUUUUUUGUGUAUAAAUGUAAUUACUGAAUUAUUUUAUUUUGAAUAUUGUACCUAAAUCCAUUAACAAUUAAGAGCGACUUUCUUUCCAUGUUUUAGUUAAAGCAAGGGGGGGGGGAAUUUAGAUUAAUUUAAAAGUGAAACUAGAAAAAACAAAAAGGGUGGUUUACUGUGGAAUGUUCGCUAUUUGAAAACUGUAACUUCCUUUUAGUCCAUUUUUUCCCCUUUUGUGGAAUUUGAAUGCUGCUUUUUAUAAAUAUGACUUAUAAUUAAGUAAAAGUUAUUGAAAUCAUCAGACCGCACCUCCUGUGUCUCGAAAUAAAUUUUAAACAUUUUCCACUGCAGAAUUUUUUUCAAUAGAUGAAAUUAUGAAAUAAAUAAUUUGAAUAACAUGAAAAUGUUUAAUGUCUGAAAGGAGAUAAAUCAAAGAUUUCUGCAAGUCUGUUAUUAUUCUGUAGAACUCAAUCUGAGAUCAAUUAAGAGACUUAGAUUAAAAUGUGUGUAACUUCAAGAAGCAUGAUAACAUUAAAAAUAUCAAAUAAAAAUGCUCCUGUACUACAUAUUGUGUUAUCCACUGAGAAUUAAAUAUAUAUAAAAAUUUAAAGGAAUUGUAAAUUCUUAAAUAGUUUCAACAAAUACAUUUACAUUGAAAAGCAGAUUUUAGAAUAUAAAUUAAUCUUUUUUUCUUUUCUUGAAUUUGUUAGAAGAAUGCUAGCAGAAAAUAUUGUAAUUGCCAAAAUACUUAGCACCAAGUUUUGCAUUUAAAAGCUCCUUAUGUUUCUUCUUUCUCCUCCAUGUAAGGAAAAUUGAAAUUUGUAUGCCUCUGUGCAUAUGAAUAUGACAAUUCAGUUAACAAACUAAUUAGUUGAAAGAAAUCUAGUAUUAAGACUUUUCACCAAAAUUAUGAACCUGUAUCAAAUUUUGGAUAAAACCACAAAAUAGGAUUCUUUUUAUUGCCUGUGAGAGUAAUAGUGAUAUUUAAUAGUUGGAUAAACACCAAGGAAAGAGUUAUUGGUCUUUUUUGUACCAAAAUAAAAUGAGAAGAAUACAUUUUAAGAAGUUUUUAUGACUAUUAAUAGUAUUAUAUCCCUACAGGUGUAUUUAUUUUAACCUUACAUUUUAAUGAAUGUUUUGAACCCUCAUUCACAAUUGUCUUGAUCAUAAUGAAUGCAAGUAGAAAUUACAACAAAAAUAAUGGAGAAAAGUUUUUUUAAAGUAUUAAACUCUUAAUUAAUAUGAAGUAUUAAUUAAAAUUUCUUUAUUAAAAAUAGCAUCAUAAAAAAAAGAUAAUUAUUUAAAUAAUUAUUAAACUAUUGAAAAUUAAUUAAAUGGGGUAUAAUUUUAGUCAUGUAGAAAUCUUUUCAUAGAAAAAGACUAAGUUAUUGCACCUUCACAGUGAUAAUGUAUAAGUUGCUCUAAUAAUGAUGAGGUGUUCUAAAACCAAUUUAGUGGUUUGUGCUUCCAGACAUCCAUUCUCUUUGGUUUGAGAUUACUGUGGGAAACGUUUUAAAUAUGACAAGAUGUCUGAAAAUUAUAUGUAUAUAUAUAUAUAUAUGUAUGUGUGUGUGUAAAAACAUAUUUUUAAAGCAGUUUUGUGGUUGAUAAGAGAAGACACUUUUGAAAAUUUAAAAACUUCGCUUUAUUCCAUUCUGGGAGGCAUAGUUUAUGUACAAGAUAAAGCGAUGGAAUAAUAUGUCAGCCCAUGACACAAGAGAAGAACAAAAGAGCGCAAAAUAUUUUCCCCUAGUGAUUUUAUAUUAUAAGAUGCUGAUAGGAAUUUCUUUGAUACAUGUCGGUUUAGGUAAGGGAAGUAUAAAUAUCUUUUAAAAUAAUUUGCUAAGCAUGACAGAUUUUUAUCCUUUCACAGAGCAUGGGAACUUGCUGAUUAAAGCAGUUUUACAGAACUUGCAUAGGAUUAAUUAAAUAAACAGAAAGUGGAAUUAGAUCAGGAAAUUAAGAGACAAUUUUAGAAUGAAGUUAACAUGGUUUAAAUUACGAUAAAAAUUAGGAAAUCAAUUAGAAUUGAAAUUAGAUCGAGAAAUAUCAUUACAUACACACACAUAUGUAUUGUUUUGUUGGAGAUGUGAUCUGAUUUUGAAAUUCUUUUAUCAAACAUUCCAAUUAUGCUAUUUUGAUAACAAUUUAUGCUGUUUAAAAGUAUCUGAAAGAUUGCUUCUAUUAAGUUAGCCAGCAUAUUCAUUCAAUUACAGUUUAUAAAUUUGUUAAAAAUUUGUUAUAUUUAUAUAUUAUUUACUAUCUCUGAGGAUACACUAAAUUAUUUUGAAAUUUUUUUCUUGUUUAUAAAUGAUCCGAAUUUAUAUUUCUAUGGGGAAAAAAAGUAAGACAUAUUUUGAAGAUAUCUGUUACUAAUGAGUCAAAAUUACUAUUUAAUCAUAAAGCAAUAAGUAUAAAUUUUGUUUUUAUUUUUUUACUGGAUUGAUAAAAUUUUGUAUUUCUUGAAAAUUUUAUUUGAUUCAUCAUUUUUUGAAUUAUGGAUACUUUUAAGCUAGAGACCAUUCAAAUAUAAAAAUAUUUUUAAGACGUAUUUUAUUUGUUUGCAUUAAUUUAACUGUUAAAAUAUACCAUAGAAUAUUUUUUAAAUAUAUAUAUAUAUGUGUUAAGUUUUUGUUUUGAAUAAGUUGAAACUGUGAUAGAAAUGUCUGUUUUUAAAUAUUUUCUUACUGUUGACUUUUAUAAAAUGUUGCGAAAGAUAACCAAUUGCCUUAUUCAGAUAAGAAUCUUGCAGAGAGGAAGAUUGUAUUAAUGCUGCAAAAAUAGUAUUUAUUCUCUUUGAAAUGAUACUCUUCAAGGUAAAUAUGUGCCUUUGAAUGACUGAUGUUAAGAAAGGAGAAUUUUAUUUUGCUGCAGUGAUAUUCAAAUUAUUGCAUGUAAAUUAUCAUGUAAUAUAUUGUGUAAUAAACUUAUUUUUUGUUUUUAGAGAAAGAUUGCAUUAAUGCUGCAAAAACAGCAUUUAUUCUCUUUGAAAUGAUACUCUUCAAGGUAAAUUUGUACCCUUGAAAGAUUGAUGUUAAAAAGAGAGAAUUCUGUUUUGCAACAAUGCUUGUUCAGAUUAUUACAUGAAAAUUAUAGUGUAAUUUUUUAUGUAAUAAAUAAUAAAAAAAGUGUUAAUAUUUU